CAUGUCAUCCUACAGCCACAAAUGACUCAAAACCAAAACGCACAAUGAUCCCGUUUCAGGGCAGCAGAAAAACAGGUGUCUCAAGAGGUGCUACGUGUGGGGCACGUACAGUGAAAAGUCGCCAAGGGCUUGUUCCUGGGAUUUCUCAGCUACGAGGAGGAUCCAGCGGCUCCCAGGCGCUGGAAUAAAAGGCAGAAGACAAUAUGCUGCAUCUGGAGCAUUCCUGGAGCUGGCUGGCUGUGAUGGUCGGUGUGCUUCUGGGUGCCAGGCCCUCGGCUUGCAGGGAUUUAUCCGGUUCGCGUCCAAACAUCCUUCUUCUGAUGGCGGACGAUUUUGGCAUCGGCGAUAUCGGCUGCUAUGGCAACAACAGCAUCAGGACUCCAAAUAUUGACCGCCUCGCAGAGGAUGGGGUGAUGCUCACCCAGCACAUCGCGGCUGCUUCAGUGUGCACCCCAAGCAGGGCUGCCUUCCUAACGGGCAGAUACCCUCUGAGAUCAGGUAUGGUUUCCAGUAAUGGUUAUCGUGUUCUUCAAUGGACCGGAGUAUCUGGAGGGCUUUCGACCAAUGAGACAACUUUUGCAAAAAUAUUAAAAGACAGAGGAUACGCCACUGGACUAAUAGGAAAAUGGCAUCUGGGCCUCAACUGUGAAUCUUCCAAUGAUCACUGCCACCACCCACUCAACCAUGGAUUCGACCAUUUCUACGGAAUGCCCUUUUCCAUGAUGGGAGAUUGCAUCCACUGGGAGCUGUCAGAGAAGCGUGCAGGCAUGGAGCACAAACUCAAUGUCUGCUUCCAAAUCAUGGCCUUCGCUGCCCUCACGCUCACUGCUGGGAAACUCACCCACCUGAUAUCAGGCUCAUGGACUCCGGUCGUCUGGUCAACCAUAGCUGCCACCUUGCUCUUCGUGACCUCAUAUUCUAUAGGUGUCCUGAUUGUUCACGCAGACUGCUUUCUGAUGAGAGACCACACCAUCACUGAGCAGCCCAUGCACUUUCAAAGGACGACAUCUCUUAUUCUCAAAGAGGUCUCCUCCUUUGUCCAAAGAAACAAGCACAGACCUUUCCUCCUCUUUGUCUCCUUUCUACACGUGCACACCCCUCUGAUCACUACCGAGAAGUUCCGCAGGAAGAGCGCGCACGGGCUGUACGGGGAUAACACGGAAGAGAUGGACUGGAUGGUGGGGCAGAUCCUUGAUACUUUGGAUAUGGAAGGGUUGACCAACAGCACGCUUGUUUAUUUUACGUCGGAUCACGGGGGAUCUUUAGAGGCCCAACUCGGAAAGGAGCAAUAUGGCGGCUGGAAUGGAAUCUACAAAGGUGGCAAAGGGAUGGGGGGCUGGGAAGGUGGAAUCCGCGUCCCAGGGAUCUUCCGGUGGCCUGGGGUGCUGCAGGCCGGCCGCAUCAUCCACGAGCCCACCAGCCUGAUGGAUGUUUUCCCCACCGUGGUCCAGCUGGGGGGCGGCGAGGUGCCCCAGGACAGGGUGAUCGAUGGCCGGGACCUGCUGCCCUUGCUGCUGGGGACAGCGCAACACUCUGGCCACGAGUUCCUGCUGCACUACUGCGAGAAUUUCCUGCACGCAGCCCGCUGGCGCCAACGGGACGGAGGAAGACUGUGGAAGGUCCACUACACGACCCCACUGUUCCACCCAGACGGAGCCGGCGCCUGCUAUGGGAGAGGGGUCUGUCCCUGCUCCGGGGACCAGGUAGCCCAUCACGACCCACCUUUGCUCUUCGACCUGUCCAGAGACCCUUCUGAAGCCCACGCCCUCACUCCGGACACGGAGCCCUCGUUCUAUCACGUGAUGGACACAGUGGCUCGGGCCGUGGAGGAGCAUCGCCGGACCCUCAUCCCAGUUCCGCUGCAGCUGGAUACGCUGGGCAACAUCUGGAGGCCCUGGCUGCAGCCGUGCUGUGGCCAGUUCCCCCUGUGCUGGUGUGACCGGGAAGGCGACCCACGGUAACUGCCCGGCAGGACAGCUGGGUCCCCCCUACCCCAACCCCUGCCCUUUGUUGCCGGUGGAAAUUAAACCCCCAUCUGAAGUUAAGCGUCCAUUUCCAUGAGUGGAACAGUUGUGCCCUUCAAAACGCAGAGGUACAAGGAAGAGGCAGGGGCGUGCGCUCGUCACGGCAACACGAGCCAGGAGGGGUCGUUCAGGCCUGGCAACAAGGGAGUGGGGAGCAAAGCCCGUCCUGCCAUGGGCAUUUCCACCAGCGGACCCCAGCCCCAUCCGUUUGGUGGGACCCCACCAAGAGUGCACAGCCCCAGUGGAAGCUAUUCCUGUGUCGUACGGAGUAGGGGUUCGCGUGCGCAGAGACGUCGUUGGCUGUGGGGCCUGGGGGAAGAUCCCCAUCCUGCUGGAGGCCCGACCUGGGCACGUCCAGUGCGCUGAGCCGGGUCCUCAUGCAGUGACCUCCCAGUGCAGAGCCUGACACCGAAUACCCAGGACGGCCCCCCAGUUCUGGGCUUCCCUAAGUCACCAGGGCAUGUGCUCAAGAAUCACUUGAAGAGGCCCUGUUUGAAGUGUCUUUUUUCUCCUCGACGCUGAAAAUAAUAAACCGACACUCUGAGUUGG